GGUACUGCGGGUAAAAAAAUGCAAGUCAUGUGGUUUGUGUGCAAACACUUCACUCACUGUGUUAACAGAGUAACGCACAACAUAUCAAUAUACUCUAGUCUAAAGAUCUAGAUAUCUAGACUAGUUCUGAGAACCAGAUCUGGCUGUUGCUCGACUUUCAGUUGUUGCUCAGCACUGUAACCCUCCGAAGUUGACAAUGACGCAGAAAUCUUUUACUAAAGGUUCAGCCUUCCCACCACUCAAGCCAGGAUUGCUUCGUUUGUAUAGCAUGAGAUUCUGCCCUUAUGCACAAAGAACUCGUUUGGUUUUAGAGUAUAAAAAUAUUACAUAUGAAACUAUUAACGUUAACCUGAAAGAUAAGCCGGAAUGGUUUUUUGACAAAAAUCCACUGGGUCUAGUUCCAAUAUUAGAACUAGAUGACAAGAUUAUCUAUGAGUCAACAGCUACUUGUGAAUGGUUGGAUGAUGUAUACACACAGAACAGACUUCAACCCACUGAUCCUUAUGUUAAAGCCUGGGACAGGAUUCUUUUAGAAUAUUUUGGAAAGGUAACAACAGCAUUCUAUGGCUUUCUAAGAAAACCAGAUGAGAGGGAAAAACUGCAAGAAGAAUUCCAGAAAUAUUUUGAGUUCUAUAAUGAUAUCCUUGCUAAGCGAGGUGGUCCUUUAUUUGGAGGGGAAAAACCAUCCUUGAUUGAUUUCUUCUUGUGGCCACAUUUUGAAAGACUCCAAAUUCUUCAAGAGAUUGACUCCAGGCUUCUAUUGGACAAGUCUAAGUUUCCAAGUUUGGCCAAAUGGCAAGAGUCAAUGUUGCAAGUCCCUGCUGUGAAAGCUACUAGCUUUGAUCUGGAAACCCACAAGCGUUUUUUCCAAUCUUAUUUAACUGGGAAUCCAGACUAUGAUAUCGGUUUAGAAGAAUAGUAAAAUAGUACAGUUUUUUUCAAAAUUAAACAGAAAUUAUUUUUUUUAUAGUUGUAAGACUUAAGCUGCAAUAAGAAAAAUAUUGUAGAUAUUUUUCAGUAUUAAAUUGAUAGUUCUGUAAUCCAAAUACUUUUAUUUUCUUAUCAAAAACUUUAGUAUUUUGUUGGCUUGUAAAUAACUUUUUUUUUAAAGAUUGAUUGCCAAUCUGAUUGCUUUCCUCUGAACAAAAGUAAAUUACAUUCUAAAUAUGCAGUUAACUUGGGUCAGAAAAUGUACAUUUAAAUAUGUAUUAAUGCUGAGCAAUAGAUAAACCAUAAGGAAAAAUGAGUCUUAAUUAUUUAUAUAUCCUAAACACAUAUGCUUUAAAAAAAAAGACAUUAUUAAAAAAAACAUGAUAAAUUAGUUUAGUAAUCUUCUAUGUUCAUGUUGAAAUGUUUUGUGUACACAUCUACACAUAAUUGUUGUAUUACUUUUCCUGUUGAUUGAAGCUUUUUAAUGCCAAUAUUGUAUUUUUUAAAAAAUAUUUACAAAUAUUUAUGUCUAUAUUCUACUACAAAUAUUGAUAGAUAUACAUUUAAAGACUAGGCAGUUUUGACCUAUGGAGAGAAAAGGUUGAAUCACUAUUACAUUUUUUGAGGGGGUGGGGGUGGCAAACAUCACAAAAGAAUUGACCAUAAACUAGUUGUCAGAGUAAACAUUGCACAGUACAAUUCUAACCUUUUAUUUAUUCCACACAUCUUCUUUAAACACAUGAUUUCAUACAUUUUGUAUACAAAUUUUGAUUGUUUAAUAAAUGUUGAAUGAAAUUCAA